ACCUCUUCCUGCGGCUGGGGCUGUGGGCUGUGACAGCUAACGAUAGCGUAUUGUCUUGAGUUAUAAAAAUUGAGGUGUACCCCGCUAGAUUAUAAAUACAUAACCAAUCGGGCUUUUUUCGCGGAUUCGGGUUUCAGCGGUUCUUUUUUUUCCAAAAAUGGGGAACAGAGAUGAUGAAUACGAUUUCUUGUUCAAAGUGGUGCUGAUUGGAGACUCAGGGGUCGGGAAGAGCAACCUGCUCUCCCGCUUCACGCGGAACGAGUUCAACCUGGAGAGUAAGAGCACCAUCGGCGUGGAGUUCGCCACCCGCAGCAUCCAGGUGGACGGAAAGACCAUCAAGGCUCAGAUCUGGGACACAGCCGGGCAGGAGCGCUACCGGGCCAUCACCUCAGCGUACUACCGGGGGGCGGUGGGGGCGCUGCUGGUGUACGACAUCGCCAAGCACCUGACCUACGAGAACGUGGAGCGCUGGCUGAAGGAGCUGCGGGAUCACGCCGACAACAACAUCGUCAUCAUGCUGGUGGGCAACAAGAGCGACCUGCGCCACCUGAGGGCCGUGCCCACCGACGAGGCGCGCGCUUUCGCAGAGAAGAACAAUCUGUCGUUCAUUGAAACUUCUGCCUUGGACUCCACCAACGUAGAGGAGGCUUUCAAAAACAUCCUCACAGAGAUCUACCGCAUCGUAUCUCAGAAGCAGAUCGCUGACCGGUCGGCGCAUGACGAGUCUCCGGGCAACAACGUGGUGGACAUCAGCGUGCCCCCCACCACCGACGGGCAGAGAGCCAACAAACUGCAGUGCUGUCAAAACCUGUGACCCCUGACCCUUGACCCCACCAGGUCGCACCCACCCCUCCUCUCCCAUUCGCUCCUGCGUGUUGUGCUUCUGCACUGUGAUUUCUGUAAUUUUUUUUAAAUAGCUUGUCAGCUCACACGUUCUUUUGCCAUGAAAUGAAGUUUUACCUUCUCUCAUUUGGUCUCUCCUUACUUCAUGGACUGAUCCCUGCUUUUCCCUGCAGUGCAGGGAACUGUGAAAUCCAUUGAUGCUACUUGAAGUGCUGUAGUGGGAGUCUAGUUCAACAUAACGUCCACUAGAUGGUGCUAUUUAUAUAACCACGUACAGUAGCUCUAAAGAGUAAUGCAGAGUAUAGCAGUACCUAAGUGUGUUGGAGUAAUGUUGCUCUAGCUAAUUCCUCACAGCUUGUAAAUCCUGUAAGAAUUUGUGUUACAGACCCGAAACGAAAAUGUAACAAACUAACACAAUACAUAACAUUUUUUCCCCUUGUUAACAGAUGGGGAAAGCCACAUUUGUUCGCUUAACAGUAUUAUGUACUGUAAGUAAUAAACCAAACUUAAUAGUAUAAAUACUAACACUGAGCAGUAUUCCAUGGGGGUCAGUUAAAAUGUUUUAAUCAUGUUAUAGCAAUGUGAACUUGUAUGUAUAAUGUGCCUGUUGUCUGUUUAAAAAAACGUUCAGAAAAAAAAUGAUAAUUUCUAAUGUGAGCCUGCAUCAGAGAUGGCUUUGGAGGGAUGAGCCAGCUAUUGUAAUCUCCAGCUGCACAGACACUGGGGAGAGUGAAAUUAAGGUGAAAUACUCAAGUGAAAAAUAAACUAUGCACAGUGCAGUGUAUCAUA